AUGAGCUGCUGCGCCAUAUCCGAGCAAGAGCUGCUGCGCCUCUACGCAGAAAACACAACUUUAAAUAGAAAGGUAAACAACAUCAUUCCAGCUCUUUUCUCCUUAGAGGAAAGCCAGCAGCAGCAAAGCCAAGAAAUUAAUUUUAUUAAAGCAAAUAUUGAAAGACAAACGGCUCAAGCGGCGGAUGCGCUGCAGCGGCAGGAAGUUGAUUUAAAUGAAGAGAGAGAAGAGAGACAAACGGCGAACGAGCAGCUGCAGGCUUCUGUGUCUGUUCUUUCUGGCGAGUUAAAUAAACUGCAGCAGCAGCAGCAGCAACAACAACAGCAGCAGCGAAAGGCGUUGGAGACUGCGCAGCAGCAAAUCACUAAACAGACAUCAAAGGCUACUGAUGAUCUGCGGUCCGAGCAGCAGCAGCUGCAGCAGCAGCUGCGACAGGUGCAGCAAUUGCAGCAGCAACUGCAGCAGCAGCUGCAGCAGCAGCAGCAGCAAUUGCAGCAGCAGCAGCAGCAGUUUCAGCAGCAGCAGCAAAAGCAGCAUUCCGAGCUGAAAAGCGAGCAGCAGCAGCAGAAAGAGCAGCAGCAGCAGCAGCAGCAAAAGUUGAGUUCCUUGGGAUGCAGCUACCAGCAGCUAGCUGAGCAGCAGCAGCAGCUAGCUAAAAAGACAGAGCAGCAAACAGCAACGCUGCAGCAGCUGCAGCAGGAGCUAGUAGAUGUGCUGGAGUUGGGGAGGCAGCAGCAGGAGCUGCUGCAGCAAGAGAAGCAGCUCGCAAGAGAGACUGCUGCACUGCAGCAGCAACAGGCUGCUGAUGUUGCUGCCUUGUUGGCACAGCAGCAGCAGCAGCAACAGCAGCAGCUGCAGCAGCAGCAGCAGCAGCAAGAGCACUGGACCGAGUAUAAGGAGCACGCGAACCAGCAGCAGGUGUGGCAGCAGCAUUUGGAGCAGCUGCAGCAGCAGCAGCUGCAGCAGCUGCAGCAGCAGCUACAGCAGCUGCAGCAGCAGCGGAACGCAGCAGACAGAGCCAGCAUGGAGUGUAUAGACAGCCUGAAGCUGCGACAGCAGGAGCAGCAGCUGCAGCAGCAAGAAGUGCUGCGGGAGCAGCAGUCGCUGUCUGCUCAGCUGCACCAGGUACAGCAGCAGCAGCAGCAGCUGCAGCUGCUGCAGCAGCAGCAGCUCCAGCUCCAGGAGCAGCGGCAGCAGCACGAUGAUAGAGUCAAAUGGAAAAUAGAAGAAGAGCUGAAGCAGCUGCGAAGGAGACUUAUGGGUUCUUCUUCUUUUUUAAAAGAAAAAGGCAUGCACAGACGCAGAGCUGCUGCUGCAGCAGAGCAGCAGCAGCAGCAGCAGCAGGACACCCCCGGCCGUGCUGCUGCUGCUGCUGCUCCCGGCAGCAGCAGCAGUGAUGCUGAUUUUGCCUCUGAAGACAACAGUAACGCUUCAGACAGCGGCAAAGGGCCUCGAACUGCUGCUGCUGCUGCUGGCGCCCGCAGGCAGCAGCAGCAGCAGCAGCAGCAGCAGUUAG